AUGCAUUCAGGGAGAAUGGUAACAGCACCGCCUCUCCAGGGUCUUGAGGGGUUUACCAGGGCUGUGAGGGAGGGGGUGGGCGGAGUGGCAUCAACAGCACCACCUCUCCUGAGUCUUGAGGAGUUUACCAGGGCUGUUAGGGAACGGAUUGCUAUGGCGGGUGGGGGUGUGGGAGGUGGAAGGGUCGAAGGUGGGAGGGUGGGGGAUGGGAGUGUGGAGGGUGGGAGUGUGAGAGGUGGGAGUGUGGGAGGGUGGAGUGUGGGGGAUGGGAAUGCAGGAGGAGGGAGUGUGGGAGGAAGGAGUGUGGGGGGAGGGAGUGUGGGAGGGGGGAGUGUGGGAGGAGGGAAUGUGGGAGGCGUGACUACCGGUUGUGUGACUGUAAUGCAGCCUGACGCUGUUGCUGCAGGCUGCGAGGUUUCUGUAGGUGGGAGGAAGGAACUGGAGGGGAGUGGGAGCAAGAGGACAGGCGUGAAAGGGAUUGCGUCAGAAAGGCGUUUGCGUCGGAUAACGACUUUCAAGGCGUUUCAAGCAGCGCCGUUUCCCCUCUCGCACCUCUCGCAGGUCGGCAAGGCGUUCGCGUCGCAGUACUAUACCGUGAUGCACACGCAACCGCACGACGUGCACAAGUUCUACGUCGACGAGAGCAAAUUCACGCGCGCCGAGCGCCUCGGCAUUCCCGGGGAAACCGUGACGACCAUGCAGGGUAUCCACACCAAGGUGAUGUCGCUGGAUUCAUGCGAAGUCAAGGCGGAAAUCAAAUCCGUGGACUGCCAGGAAUCUCUCUCCGGCGGCGUUCUCGUGGUGGUAACCGGCGCGCACUGUUACAGCAGCAGCGAGCGACGCGGCUUCGUCCAGAGCUUCUUCCUCGCGCCGCAGCAGAACGGCUUCUACGUCCUUAACGACAUCUUCCGGUUUCUAGAGGACGCGCCGCCGCCGCAGCCGCCCGCCGUAGUUAAACACGCCGUCGGCGGGGGUACUAAGUCGGCCGCGUCGGCCUCUGGAUCAGCUGCAGCUGCUGCUGCGGGGGGUGCGUCUCAGGCAGGUUUGUUGAACGGGCACGCGGCGGAUCAAGCAGCGGGAUCCCGGGAGGUUACAUCUGUGGAUCAUGCGGUGCGAGAUGUAACGGUCGAUGAGGCGUCCCAGGCGUCCGCGCCUGCCGCCGCGCCCAGCGCCGCAGCCGGCGGAGCCGAGGCUCCCCCGGCCGCGGACGACGGCGCUGCGGUGGAGGAGGUGCAGGUGAUUCGGGAAGUGCCUGAGUCGGUCGUUUCCGUGGAUCAGGGCCAAGGGCAGGGUCAAGGGGCGGGAGUGGGAGCCGCCGCAGCAGCGGCGGAAGGGGAGAAGGCGGAAGCGUCUGUUGCGCCUUCCGCCCCACUGCAAGCCAUGCGCGCGCAAUCCGCAGCUGCAUCACCCGCGGGCGCCUCCGCGGGCGCAGCUUCCGCGCCUCUCUCCGCCACUCCCCCCGCAGCUGCGCCUCUGGGGGCGGUUGCGCCCAGGCAGCCGCCGCUUCUCCCUGCCGCAGCAGUUGGGGGUGCUGGGGCGUUUGGGGGGCAAGAGGCAGCACCUUCUGGGGCAGCAGCUGGGUUCUCUGCUGGUUUGCUUGCCCCUGCUCCUGGUUUCGCUGCUGCUGGUGGUGCUGCUGGGGCUGGAGAGGAUACCAAUGCUGCUGACGAAGCUGCAGGGGAGGGCCGCGCUGUGUUUGUGCGCACCCGCCACUGCAGGGAGGGCCGCGCUGUGUUUGUGCGCAACCUGCCAGUGCGCAUCACUGCCAAGGAGAUAGCAGAGCACUUCAACCAGUUCGGAGCAGUGAGAGCCGACCGCAUCCAGAUCCGGGGCAACAAGUUAAGGUUAAAAUCCUCCUGUGCUGCCAAUCUCUCUGUACCCUUUCUCCUUCAGGCCAACAACCCCGCUACAGUGUACGCGUUUGUGGAGUUUGAGGAAGCUGCAGCAGCACUAGCGGCAGUAGAGGUUAGCAAACGGGCUCUUGGGUUUGUGGCUGAAGAGGUGUUGGUUGAUGGAUCGUGUUCCGUGCCUCUAACGUCUAUGUAUAGACGACUCACAAAAAGGCUGUAG